CGCGCAAGCACGGCGGUGCUGCGAAAGCUGCUACAUUGGCGUCGCCGCCCUCUUGUUCCUGCAAGUCAAAGGCAUGCCGAGGGGGAUAACGCCGGCCGCCCGCAUGGCGGGCGCGCCCAGGAACCACAAGCGGGGCGCGCCCGUGAGGUCUCCCAAAACCGGCGAGCCGCUUUCGGCGCGCAAUCUUGCGGCAGGUUUUGCGUCGCGUGAGCAUCAUGCGGGGACAGUUCGCAAGCCGUCGCCAUGCUCUGCGUGUCCCGUCUUGUUUGCCAUGCAUUGCGAUGCGUCAUGUGAUGCAUUCGCUCGAGCCGGGCCUGCCUCGAAAUUAGCAUCAACGUAGGUGCCUCGGAAGUCUCUGCCCCCCCGACCACGCCAACUACAUCGACUGGCUCCAGCGGAAGGCCGCGCCGUUUGCCCGCUAUCAGCUUGGGGCGCCAAGGAAGAGGGGCGACGCUGGGGGCCUGCGCGUGAUGGACGUUGGGCGCGUGUCCCUCCGUCUCUGUCUUUGCCCCGGCCGAUGGUGUGCCCACACGCCCGCCGGGCUCAAAGCCGCCGGGCCGCCAAGCUAGCUUUUGGGGCUGACGAAGUGGGGCGAGAGAGAUCCAGCUGCUGCCGUGGCGUGGUGGCGUCGCAACUCACUACGCGGGCGGGCGCCCGCUCGCAAAUGGCGCCGGGCGCCGGGAGGGGCUGGCAAGGAAGCCGGCAAGGGGGCGGGGGUUUUGCCGCAGUGCGCGGAUUUCCUGCGUUACAAUGGCGAAAGGCCGCCCAUCCGAUUGAGCGCGCGACGCGGAGGCAUUGGAUAACGCGCGCCCCGCCCUUCACCGUGGCGCCCGGUCGGGUUGGUUAUCGACGCGGCCGCGCCGAGGCGACCAGAAGAGCACGGGAGAGACGAGCACCCCUGUCGUCAUUGGGGCGCCCGCCGCGCGCGAAGAUACAUACUGGCGCCAGCUUCGUGCUGCGGCACUGGUGGAAGGCCGCGGCAGAGUUCUGGAC